CAGAAGUGUGGGGAACAAGCAACAGCCCCUCAGUGCAAGCACCAUGCCCGGGAGUGUCCCCAGGGAGCGUCCUCGCGAGAAAUUCUGCGGCGACCCCAGCCGUGGCAGCGCGCGUCGCCCCCCGGGUGGCCCGGGCAGGCGAGGGCGUGCGGCCGGCAGCGGUGCCGCGGGAGUGUGUUUUUUUCUGCCUUCCGAGGUGGGGGGAUGACGGCACGUUCCAGCCACAGCGCGCAGCUGGACUUCGCGGUGCUGGCGAACUACACGUGCGGCGAGAGCAUCUCCGCCGCCCGCGUGCUGUCGCGGCUGGUCCGCGGCAAGACCCAGAUGCGCACCACCGAGCUGCUGCACCCACGGGACGUGCAG